AGAGUCUAGCGAGGCGUUAACUAGUUCAGACCGCUAAUCACUAUUCAAUUUAUAUAUAGAGACAGAGCCCCUCCCACCCCCCUUUAAUCAAAUGAACAAACGGGUUCUUCGUGUAUGGAAUUUUGGAUUAACAGUGAAUUUUUUUUCUGUGGGUGAUUAUUCGUGAUCGUGUGUUGUGAUUUGUAAAAGGAAAAUAUAAAAUAAAAUGUGGCUCCAGAGGUGAUUUUUUGUAAAAGAGAGAGGGAUAUUUUAGGAUCUUGAAUUGUAAUUUUCUGAGAGGAUUUAUAAACUGUCAGUUUGUUAUUUAUAUAUAAAUAAAAAAUAUAGUAAUAAUAAAUUAUUCAUAUAUACAAGAGCGGGAAAUGAAUUAGUGAACAAAUUGUCCCCCGAGGAGAGGGGAAAGAAAAUUUUCUGCAAAGUUUUAUUGUGUCUAAAAAUCCUGUAUCAUUUGAAACAGGGGAAGAAUUUUGGGAAAGUGAAAUAUCAAAAAACUGUUGAGAUUUAUUUUCCUAUAGUGCAAAAAAUCAAAAGUGAUCACGACGCACCAAACACAGAAUCCAAGUUGUCCAGGAGGCGACGGAAGUGGAGGGGAAGGUGGUGGUUGUCGAGGUGAAAAAUUGCUGCCCUAUGCUGCUGUAGCAAAUGUGAUAAAAGAGGUGGUACACCAGGAGGCGGAGGUCGACGAGGUUAAGAUGGAAGCAGAGGAUCACCUCGCCAGAGAAUACGUUCAAGAGUUUGUUCUCGACCAUCUUGAUCCCGCCGACGUCAAGCGAGAGGUACGUCUAAUCUCACCGGCAAGCAUGGUGAAUCCAAACGGACAACUACCAAGUCAACCACAUGGGCUCACUUUGGCUCCAUUGACACCACCGGCGCAUGAAUUGGAGCAGCCUCAUCCUCUCUAUGGCCAGCCUCAUAUCCAAGUGCAACAUGGGGUCCUUGUUAAAGCGCCGCCUGGUGCAGCUUCUCAUCUGACGACACUCUCGCAUCCUGGCACACCACCUGAUACACCACCUGUUUCGGCUUCACCACCACCAUUACAAUUACAUCGUGGGGAACGUGAUCACAGGGAUAGAAAUGGUUUAUUGUUGCAACUUCAACAACCGAGUUCAUUAGUGCAAGAUGAGAUACCAGUUGGAUCGGGAGGUAUGGGCUGGCUCACGCAGUCUUUGAGGCAGGAACCCCUGGACUUAAGACCACACUGUCCACAGGAUCAAACACCAGAACCACCUCCCGAGCAUUGGACUUCGGCACCUUCGCACCAUCACUUUCAGGAAUUGCAACAUAUCCCGCGUCAUAUGAGGCAUGCCGGUGGUUACAUCACAAUGCCAAGUCACCUGGAUUAUUAUGGUGGUGGAGGUUCAGGUCCAGGGGGUGGAAUGUUACCAGGUGGUGGAGUUGUUAUGCAAUCGAUGGAUGACAGUAUGCAGGGAAUGCCAAUGCAACCCGGAAGGCCAUUGAGUGUUUGCUCAGUGAGUUCCUGCAGUGCAAAUGGUCAACCCCACGGGCAACCAAAAGGCAUCAGCAGCUCGUACUCUAAUUGCGGCAGCAAUGGCUCUUCCGUGCUUAUGUCUGACGAGGUCCUCAUGUCGCUUUCCGUUCGCGAAUUGAACAAACGUCUUCAGGGGUAUCCAAGGGAUGAGGUGGUUCGUUUGAAGCAGAAGAGACGCACUUUAAAAAACAGGGGUUACGCACAAAAUUGUCGCAGUAAACGACAACAGCAACGUCAGGAUUUGGAAACAACAAAUCAAAAUCUACAAAAUAAAUUGCAACGAAUGCAAUUAGAAAUUGACCAAAUUCGACAGGAACGUGAUUUAUAUAAGCAACGAUGGGAAAUUUUAAGGGUACGACAAAAUCAUAAUCAUCAUAGUCAUAAUCACAAUCAUAGUCAUCAUCAGCCCCCGCCACCACCACCAUCACAACAACAACAGCAGCAGCAACAACAUCAAGCUCAAAAUCAACAUCAUCAACAACAUCAACCUGCACCUGCAAGUCCUGAGGUUUAUCUGUGACAAAGACAACGUCGAGGGGGUGCUUGCUGGACUUGAAAAAUCCUCUCGCGUUUCCAUUAAAUUGGUGAGUAAUUUUUCAAUUCGUGUGUAUAGAAACUUAAAUAUAUUAAAUAUUCUAUGUAUAAAGACGGAUAAAAUUAUAUUUCCGGAAGAAAAAAUUCUAUCGAUUUCUCAAUUGAAGCUUUUCUUUAGUCAAUAUAAAGUAAAAAUUGUGUGUUUGACAUUACAUUUUACUAUUACAUAAAAAUACGUUCAGAAAAAAAUAAUAUCAUACUUAAAGAAAAUUUUUUUAUCUUAUCACAUUAUCCUCUUAAAAGAAAAUUAUCUUCCUUCUAUGGAAAAGAUUUCAUUCCCUAUUUAGUAUGGUCCAUUAUAUAGGCUUUUUCUCUUUUGAUAAAAGUUUUGAUUCAAUAUAUUGAGGGAAAUAAUCUUAAAUUUUUCUUAUAAUUUUUACCUCACUGUUAAAAAAUCAAAGCUCUGUUUGAAAAAAAUGUUUCAAAUAAUCUAUUCGAAAAUUUUACGAAAACAAACCUAAAAUGAUCUGCAUUCGUAAAAAAUCAUUUCGAACGAAAAAGACAAAUCUGAAAUCAGUUCAGUAAUUCUAUGAAAAUAGACCGCAAUUAGCUGGCAUAAAUUUUGUUUUAGUUUUGAUAAUGAUCUUAAUCCUAAAUGAGCCUAGAAAAAUCAAGAAUAUAUAUUCACAAAAUCAACAGUUAGUACGAUAUAAAAUUAAAAUUUGAAAUAAUCCGAAAUCUGUAUCUACACGAAGAGAUUGUACGGAGAAACAUCUUGAUUGUAGUGGGUAACAUAACUAUAUUUUUUGUUACAUCUUUGAUGGUACAGAGUAGCAUAAUGGUGGUACCGGAUAACAUCUACUUUUAACCAUAUUAAGAUCAUAAGAUCUUACCAUCUAUUUCUCUCCUUGUAGAGAUCACUCCAAAUUUAGUUUUGUUUCGAAAUGUAAGAAAUUCGUUCUUUGUGCGUAAUAGUUUGCAAAAAGUGCGGUUCAAAAUCCUAAUCCUAUAUGAGUCCGCAAUAAUCAAGAAUUUAAAUAUACACAAUUUGCAAAUAAACAAUUUUUGUCUGGUGAGAAAUAUUAAUUUAAAAAAGAUUCCGAAUAAUCCACAUUUUGUAUGUACAAAAUCCGUAAUUAAUUAGCAACAAUCUGCAGUUUAUUAUGCUCACUAGUUUCUGACAGUUACGCGCUAAAUGCUAACUUUUUUUCAUACAGAUUAUAGAUUUGGUUUUUUCACCUGUCUAAAUUGAGACUAUUUUGUAUUAAAUGCGGAUUUCUUACAAAUCAAUUUCUGAUUAUUUCGAAUUAUAAUUUCAAAUUUGAAUAGUGCUUUUUCAAAAUUAGUCCGAAAUUUUAACCAGAACAACAAUCUAGAUUCAGUGCGUUCAAAAAUUUGUUUCAAUAAGAAAUGCACAAUAGUUCGGCAUCCAUGGUUAAAAUUCCAGACUGCUUUCGGACUAAUACUAAAUUAGUCCGGGACAGUCCGGUUUAUGGUCAGAUUUUUGUCAUCGGGAAUUAGUCCGGUUAAGUCCGAAAUUUGACAGAUUUGUGUAACUAGUGAAUCAGGAAUUAAUUAGACCUAAUUCGAAGUCAGUCCAAUCAAACGUAACUAAUGAAUGCAGAUUCUUAAUUUACUAAUUAUACUGGUCAGAUUAACUUUUGAUUCAACGGAAGUAAUUUCACAUUCACUAGUUGUGUAUAAUCAAAUUAAGUUCUGACUUGACAAGACUAAUUCUGGAUGACAAACAUCUGACUAUAAACCGGACUGCUUCGGAUUAAUUCUAUAUUUCGGAAUUUAGAUUAAUAUCAUUUUCUAUGAAAAUAAUAGUACUUUACAUCAACAUUUCUUAAAAGCGAAAUUAUCUAUAGUUUUGCUUUACAAGAUUGACACUUGAAGUAUAAAUUGUCCAAUUUUUUACAUAAAUAUGUUGCUAUAAAAUUUAAUAAAUUUUCGUAAAUCAGAUUCAGGAGGUUGUCUAUUAAUAAUAAUAUUUCUACGAUAUCUCUAGGGAGUCUCUUGAAAAUAUCCCUAAAUUUUCAUUGAAAUAAAGUUUUAUCAAAUUACAAAAAAAAAAUAUUAAAUUAAAUUUUAGAGAAAUAAUAAAGACUUAUUUAUAAACCGUAUAAAUUUUCUUAUUGACAAAUGAAAGCUUCAAUUUAGUGAUUACGAUAAAAGCCUGGAAACUGGUUUCAAAUUGAAAAAGUAUGAUUAAGUGCAAUAAGUUCGUCCCUGUUGUGAUUAUGUUAAUAAUUAUAAAAAAAUUAUCUUUAGGUCGUAUUGAUCUUGUGAUCUUUGACUAACCUCUAAACAAUAUGUAUGUGGGGUAUCAGCAAUGUUAUAAUAUUCUUUAUCGAAUGCUGUCCAAUGUUUACAAUGUUUAUUACAUUGAAAGCUUUGCCAUUACAUUGAAGUAUUAUUUGCUAUUAAAUUGUUAUUCGCGAAACGGAGAAACUCAAAAAAUAUUAUUUUUCUAAUAUAU